AUUGCCAACAUGCAUGAUGGCAUGUUCAAGUUCUGGGGCAUGAUGGUCAACGACAGCGUCACCGCUCUGGGGAGUGACAUUACUACUAUUGUGGACAAGUUCGGCACGCCCAAGGACGACACCAAUACCAUUCUCAACAUGCUGGUCGGUCUUUUCACGAGCCUUGCUGGCGUUGGCGGCACCAUAUCAGACGCUCUGCCAGGGAGUACAGGAGCGGGUGUCCUCGGCAAGUUUGUCAACCCCAUGACGCUGUUCGCCGGUGUUAUUGCUAUUGCAGCCACGACCGCUGAAAACGUGCCUGAAGUCGAUGCCGCCGGGCUCCAGCAGAACUUGAAAGACAAUUACAGCAGUAUGUUCUCUCGCAUCUCGAAUCACUGUAAAACUGCACUGAAUUCCGUGAUCAAUGGGGACACAAUUCCACGAGUUGGCGAAGAGGGCAUGAGGGAUUACAUACUGCAUCAUUUUGACGAUGGCGCCUGGUUGAGCUCUGAGUGGGUGAACGAUAUGAUUGAGAUGAUGGCGACCAAUGUCUCGCAGAGAGAAUUCGCACUCAUCCGCUCUAUGAAGACAGCCAACAAGAGAGAGUACAAGUUUCUCGUCACAUCCGCCGAUCAGAAGGUUGUUCCCACUGUGAGUGCUUGCACCUGUUCAAUCUUGAUAAACUGAGUCGUAAUGCUGAUUGUGCUUUUCUUACCACAGGGCAAUGGUGUCACGUACAUGAACCAAGAAGCCUGCGAAAGCAAAGC